AACUCUUAAGGGUCGUUUCCUCUCGGUGUUGCUCUUUCUGGAACCAUCUCUCUGCGUGUACAGGGGUUUAGUUUUGGUUAAGUGUUAGUAGACACAGGAGAACUGUUUGUUUAUGCAUAUUUUAAUAUGGCAACAGUUCCUUUAGUUCACGCUUGGCGGGGAAGCUAUUGGAUAAUUGAUAAUACAAAGAAUAUCUCGCAAGGUCCAAUCGAGGCGUCUUCUCGCGCGUCAUCAUCGUUUUUGCUGCGUUGUUCUACAUCCUCCACCUCCGGCUCGGGAUUGAGUUUCGCUUCUAGUGAAAACAGUGGACAGAGAUACCAAGGUAUUAUAGCUAAAGCCAUGGAUACUACUGCUACUGCGGAAGGACAGUCUAUAGCUAGAAGUACUAGGAAUUUAGAUAAUGGCCCGGAUCAUCUCCUCAUUCUUGUUCAUGGUAUCAUGGCUAGCCCAAGUGACUGGACAUAUGCAGAAGCAGAGCUGAAAAGGCGUCUUGGAAAAAGUUUCCUAGUUUAUGCGAGUUCUUGUAACACUUACUCUAAGACAUUAGUUGGGAUUGAUGAAGCUGGAAAGCAGUUGGCUGAUGAAGUCAUGCAAAUUGUAGGGAAGACAAAGAGCUUAAAAAAGAUAUCCUUUCUAGCCCAUUCUCUGGGUGGCCUAUUUGCUAGAAGUGCAAUUGCUGUUCUCUAUUCAUCUUAUACCAGUAAUGCCAACAAACCUAGCAAAAACUGCGUAGUAGAAAAUUCACAGAGAACAAGCUCGUCUACUGGAGGGGUGAUUGCUGGAUUAGAGCCAAUCAAUUUUAUUACCCUAGCAACUCCCCAUCUUGGUGUGAGGGGGAAAAAGCAGCUUCCAUUUCUAUUUGGCGUGUCUAUCCUUGAAAAGCUUGCUCCACCUCUGGCUCCUCUAUUAUUUGGACAGACUGGUAGUCAGUUGUUCCUCACUGAUGGUAAACCGAACAAACCACCCCUUCUAUUGAGAAUGGCUUCUGAUUGUGAGAAUGAAAAGUUCAUAUCUGCGCUAGGAGCAUUUAGAUGUCGUGUGGCAUAUGCUAAUGUUUCAUAUGAUCAUAUGGUUGGGUGGCGUACUUCCUCAAUAAGGAGGGAAACUGAGAUUGGAAAGCCUCCUAACCAAUCAAUUGACGGAUACGAGCAUAUUGUAAAUGUCGAAGAUUGCCCGCCAGUUCCCUCAGAUGGCCCCAAUUUUGCCCCCGAGGCAGCAAAAGCAAAGGAGGCAACUCAAAAUGCACCAACUAUACAGAAUGCUAUUGAAUAUUACGAAAUUAUGGAAGAGGAGAUGGUACGCGGAUUACAGCGGCUGGGAUGGAAAAAAGUCGAUGUCAACUUCCACUCAGCAAUCUGGCCUUUCUUUGCCCAUAACUAUAUUCAUGUGAAAGAUGAGAGGCUUCACAGCGCUGGUAUAGGUGUAAUUGCUCAUGUUGCUGACAGCAUGAGGCAGGAAGAAACAUCUUCUUUAGCUGGAGAUGUGAUCAAUUCUGAGCGCUAGCUUGUAACCAGUGAAUGUAAAAUUACAAUUCAGAAGAAUACUUCAUAUCAGUAUUCUAUUUUAAGGUUCAUCAAUAUCCUUACAACAAUACUUUAUAUCAA